GUUCUUCUUUUUUUUGUUAUUUUCCGUCCGUCGUCCGCGCGACGGCCGGUGUUCAGUCUGGACGAAAAGAAGGCGCGAGGUGCGUCGUUUUUGUCUGUGAUUUCGCCGACGAGUCGGAGCAGAAGUCGUGCACAAUAGCCGGGAAGAAGCACAGUGGUCGCGACGCGGGCCGCAGCUCCCCUCCAAUCGUGUGUAGGCUGCCCCCACCCGGCGGCCGGGCCGACCCGCGGCCGGCAGACACACACGCGCCACACUCACUGCGCCAGCAGCGACCGCGUGGCUUUUGCCCCUACGACUGCGAGCAGCGACUCGGUGCCCGCGGCUGUGCGACUGUGUGUGUUGUGUGACUGACAGCAGCGGCAUGGCGCUACCAGCCGGCGCAGGACGCGAGUGAUAUGUUCGGUGCUUAGGUGUCUGGCGCGCGUGUGUAUGUGAGAGCGGACAGUGGACAGCUACGGCGCCUCUUGGAUGAGUCAGACUCUGGCCUGUAACAUGAGCAUGGAUUCGGUGAUGGACUCGUCGUCGACGAACAGCGAGCACAGCAGCAACGCGUCCUCGGCGUCGCCGCCGGUGGUGAUCAAGCCGCCGCUGACGCCGCCCCCGCAGCCGCCGCCCCCGCCGCCACCGCAGCAGCACAGCCCGCUGAGCAUGGUGCGGCACCCCGGAAGCCCGCCGGGAGCGGCGCCGCCCACACCGGGCCAGCAGCUGAGCCCGCCGCCCGUGUCGACGCCGAGCGCGAUGGGCGGCGGAGGCCCGUUGUCCCGCAUGCCGCCGCUGCCGCCGCCCAGCCUGGGGCUGCUCAACAGCCUGGGCGGCGCCGGGCUGAUGCACCACUCGCCGCUGGACCUGAUGGCCGCCGCCCACCACGGCGCCGGCGGCCCUCCGCGGUCCUACAACUCGCCGCCGCCCAUCUCGACGUCGGACCCGACGGCCAACGAGUGCAAGCUGGUGGACUACCGCGGCCAGAAGGUGGCCGCCUUCAUCAUCGCGGGCGACACCAUGCUGUGCCUGCCGCAGGCGUUCGAGCUGUUCCUGAAGCACCUGGUGGGCGGCCUGCACACCGUCUACACCAAGCUGAAGCGCCUCGACAUCGUGCCGCUCGUCUGCAACGUGGAGCAGGUGCGCAUCCUGCGAGGCCUCGGCGCCAUCCAGCCGGGCGUCAACCGCUGCAAGCUGCUCUCCUGCAAGGACUUCGACGUGCUGUACCGCGACUGCACCACCGCCAGCUCGUUGUCCUUUCGCUGUCGAAGAAACGCGCUCAUGCCCUACUUCAAUCAGCAACUUUGCCCUCGUCGGGAUACGAACCAACAGAACGACUUAGACGAAGCGGGCAACCCGUUCCACCACCAGCUCGCGCCUGGGCGGCCGCCGAAGCGGGCGUCGGUGGGGCUCAGCAUCGCCGCCUCGCACCUGGCGCCGCACCACCACGCGCUCAAGAAGCACCGCCUCGACAACGGCGACUACCCCGGCUACGAGAACGGACACCUCGCCGAGCCGCCGCGCAUGGAGAAGUCUCCGCUGCUGGCCAACGGGUACAACCAGCCGCCGACGCACCUCAACCACAUGCAGUUCCUGCCGCUCAACCACCACCCCGCGGCGGCGCACACGGCCAUCCUGUCGCCCGCGGGGCUGCCGCACCACGGCAUGCAGCGCGCCGACGGCUCCAUCAUCAAGGGCCAGCCCGCCAUGCCCGGCAUGGAGGCCAUCGCCAGGUCCGGUAUUUGGGAAAACUGUCGGGCUGCCUACGAAGACAUCGUCAAACAUCUAGAAAGGCUCAGAGAAGAGCGCGGUGAGACGGAACGGGCCUUGGCGUUGGACCAUAAGGUGCGGGACCUCAGUUCGCACAACGGCUCGAGCAACGGCCACUCGCCCGUGCUAAACCUGAGCAAGAGCGGCGCGGGCUCCGGCGGCGAGCACUCGGGCAGCGAGGCGGGACACACGGCCGAGCCCGACGACGAGGAAGACGACGAGAACGUCAGCGACGUCGACGACGACGACGACAAGGACGCGGGCGAGCUGAGCGACGCGGGCGAGAUGGCGGGCCCGCACCCGGGCUCGGAGUCCCCGCACGCGCUCAACUACUCUGCGCUGGGCGCCGCCGGGGUGCCCACCGCGGAGGGAGUCUCCUCCACAGAGACGCUGCUGCGGAACAUCCAGGGCCUGCUCAAGGUCGCCGCCGACAACGCGCGCCAGCAGGAGCGGCAGAUUAACUACGAGAAGACCGAACUGAAGAUGGACGUUCUGAGAGAACGCGAGGUUAAGGAGAGCCUGGAACGCCAGUUGCUGGACGAGCAGAAGAUAAGGGUGCUGUACCAGAAGCGGCUGAAGAAGGAGCGCAAGGCGCGCCGGCGGCUCCAGGAACAGCUGGAACUGGAGAUGAAGCGGCGGGCGCAGCUGGAGGAGGCUCUCAAGGCGAGCGGCGCCGCGCCGGACACGCUGCGGGUGCUCAGCACCUCGUCGCUGCAGUCCGCCAAGCCAGGCAAGUCUCUCACCUAA